AUGGAGUUCAACCUCCUUCCUCUGCCCUCUCCUAAGGAGGUAAAGUCACUAGUGGAGGAGGACCUCAUCAAUCAAGUGGGCAUCCAAGAGGAAGAGAGGGAAGGUGGAGAAGAAGAAGAAGAAGAUGAUGAUGAUGAUGAAGAAGAGGAUGAUGAUGAUGAUGAUGACGACGACGACGACGACGACGACGAUGAUGAUGAUGAUGAUGAUGAUGAUGAAUCUGAUGAUUAUGAUUAUGAGGAAAGACAAGAAGAAGAAGAAGAAGGCGAUAAAGACCACCCACUUCAGCUCUCCUAUCCUGCUGCGAGUUCUCUAGAUCCCUCUGUGACCAGCGUAGACAAGUUCCUAAGGCAGUGCCCAGUCUGCAACAUUGGAAAGCCCCUCAAUUGGGCACUCUGUGCAUCAUCAAUCUACAAGGCAAAGAAUCAACUAGCCACCUUUUUUCCCCAUUUUCUUUCAUUCCUAUUUUAGAAAAAUACGAAUUUCUUUCUUAUUAGAAUUUUCCUUUUAAAUUUAGGGGAGGUUCGAGAUAUAAUAUAGUGAAAAAAAUUAUCUCUCAUUGUGUUUUGUGAAUAAUAAAUGCACCCAAGAACAUGGGUAGUUUUACUCACCCAAAUCUUAUAUUUGGAGGUAAGCCAUAUUUUUUUAGUGGGAGAAGCAAUAAUAACCCACUUAUUUCUCCUUUGUUAGGAGGGGGACACGGACCUCAAGCCUCAAAAUCAGAAAGUCAAAUAUCCAUUUCCUCCCCUUGGCUUUCUCUCUCUCUCUCUCUCUAGCCAUAGUUGGUCUAUUUUUCUUUCUCUACCAUUUGUUAGGCUAAGUCACCAUAACUAGACGGUUUAUGUGCCCAAUUUCUCCCAUUAGCUCUCUCUCUCUCUCUCUCUCUAUCUAUCUAUCUAUCUAUCUAUCUCUCUAUCUCCAACAAAAGUUAGCCUAUUUUUCUUUCUAUACUUCAUUUUUUAGGCUAAGUCACCAUAACUAGACAAUAUGUGCCCAUUUCUCCCCUUUUCUCUCUCUGUCUAGCAAAGGUUGGCCUACUUUUUCUUUCUAUACCCCAAUUUUUAGGUUAACUCACCAAAACUAUACAAUUUAUGUGCCCAUUUCUCCCAUUGGCUCUCUCUCUAGCCAAAUUUGACCUACUUUUCUUUCUAUACUCCAUUUUUUAGGCUAAGUCACCAUAACUAGAUAAUUUAUGUGCCCAUUUUCUCACCUUCUCUCUCUCUCUCUCUCUCUCUCUCUCUCUCUCUCUCUCUCUCUCUCUCUCUCUCUCUCUCUCUAUCUAUUUAUCUCUAGCCAAAGUUGGCCUACUCUUUUUUCUAGACUCCAUUUUUUAGGCUAAGGCACCAUAACUAGACAAUUUAUGUGCCCAUUUUCUCCCCUUUGCCCUCUCUCUCUCUCUCGCCAAAGGUUGACCUAUUUUUCUUUGCAUACUCCAUUUGUUAGGCUAAGUGACCAUAGCUAGACAAUUUAUCUGCCCAUUUUCUCCCAUUGCCUCUCUCUCUCUUUCUCUUUUCUCUAGCCAAGGUUGGCCAAUUUUCCUUUUCUAUAGUCCAUUUUUUAGGCUAAGUCACCAUAACUAAACGAUCCAUUUUGUCUCCCUUGCUCUCUCUCUCUCUCUCUCUCUUGCCAAGGUUGGCCUACUUUUUCUUUCUAAACCCCAUUUUUUAGGCUAAGUCACCAAAAUUAGACAAUUUAUCUGCCCAUUUCUCCCAUUGCCUCUCUCUCUCUCUCUAUCUAUCUAUCUAUCUCUAACCAUAGUUGGCCUAUUUUUCUUUCUAUACUUCAUUUUUCAGGCUUAACUCCAUAACUAGACAAUUUAUGUGCACAUUUUUUGCCAUUGGCUCUCUCUCUCUCUCUCUCUAGCCAAGGUUGGCCUAUUUUUCUUUCUACACUCCAUUUUUUGGGCGAAGUCACCAUAACUAGACAAUUUAUGCACAACGUUCACACUUCGUGUCCAAUAUUUCCGACUUUGAUCUGAAUUCAUGAUUUAUUGCUUAUGGGCAGGCCCUCUGUGAAGGUUGUGGAGCACACUAUGAGAAGACUCCAAAGAAGACCAGCAUCAGCAUUGGAGCCGGGCCUUCCUCCUCCCAGAGGAACUAG